CUCACCUGCCGUGCUCUUGCCUGUGCAGUGUCCUGGCCCUGGCCCUGGGUUUGCAGGAACAAGUUUGACUAAGAACAAGCUUCUUCCUCUCUUCCCUGAGGUACCAGAUUCCCAAUGGCAAAGAAUGAGAAAAAUGCUUCCACUAUGGAGAAAAGCUUAACACCAUUGAACAUCGUGGAAAUAGACGGAGUCCCUCUGUCGGUACCAUCAAAAGAAAUAUGGGAAAAAAUAUAUAAUUUCCCAGCCAGGCCUGAUGAUCUUAUUCUUGCAACUUACCCAAAGUCAGGUACAACAUGGAUGCAAGAAAUUUUAGACAUGAUUCAAAAUGAUGGUGAUGUGGAGAAAUGCAAAAGAGGCGAUUCUCUAGAGAGAGGCCCUCUCCUUGAAAUACAAUUUCCCCAUAAAGAAAAAAUAGAUUUGGAGAUAGCUCUUGAAAUGGCCUCACCACGACUAAUAAAAACUCACCUCACUUCACAUCUGAUUCCACCAUCUAUCUGGAAAGAAAACUGCAAGAUUAUCUAUGUGGCCAGAAAUGCCAAGGAUUGCCUGGUAUCUUACUACCACUUUCACAGGAUGACUCCCUUAUUGGAUGAUUCUCAGAACUUGGAGGAAUUUUAUGAGAAAUUCAUGUCAGGAAAAGGCCGCGGUCCCCUCAGCGCCAGCUUAGGGGGUCAGAUUUCAAUGAACACUGCGUCUGGCAGAGAAGGAGCAGGGGAAACGCCGGACCCACCCUCAGACUUGCACAUCGCCAAGAAAACCCAGUUUCAAUUCCACAAUAAAAGGAUGCAGAGGUGCAUAGCUCCACCUGUUCCUGCUGCUGGCUUUCAAGGGGUGGCCCAUCUGUUCCCCAGGGCUCAAGGCGCUUCCCCGCCCAGGAGCCCCAGGACUCCCCAAAGGGAGUUUUCCCAGCGCCAACCAGGCAGAGGGGAGGAAGAAGCCAGUUUCAUUUCCUUGCUCCAGGACCCAAAAAGGUCUGACCCUGGAAAACACCCCACCUGGGGUACUGGUGACCUCAGGAGCCCCAGGGAUCAUCUCUCAGAUGCCCUACAGAAAGGCCCUGCAAGACAGGACCUGCUGAGGCCCCUUCCUUCCACCCCUGACCCCUGGGGGGCUCAUUAUUCCUGUGAGAGCUCCCCUGGGUUAUUCCUACCCACCCCACAUUGA